GGCAGCGCUUGCCCUUUGCACAGCCAAGCCCCGCGUUUAGCUCCCCCCACAUGCCUCCAGGCGUGCAGGCGGCCUCGAAGAUAUCACGAUAAUUCAACCACACCGGGAAAGGCGAGGACCAACGGGCAGUCACGAUGAAUCCCCGUGUCGAAGAAGUCAGCGAUUCGGACAGCGAUCCGUCAGAGAUGGGCAUUGACGACGUGCCCGCUCUGAUCAAUGCCACCAACGUACCCAGCACCGGCACCUCGUCCAUGCCGCCGCAGUUGCAGUCGCAGAUGCUACAGCCGCAGUCGCCCGCCAUCAAGACGUCGACGGACCGAGAAAAGUCCAAGCACUACCAGUGUCUAUACCCCAUAUAUUUUGACAAGUCACGCACACGCGCAGAAGGCCGUCGCGUGGGCAAGGAGCUUGCCGUAGACAGCCCUCUAGCACGAGAGAUGGCCGAUGCCGCAGCCGACCUGGGGCUCCGGACCGUCUUCGAGCCCGACAAGACUCACCCGAAAGACUGGGCCAACCCGGGUAGGGUGCGUGUCCUGCUCAAACACGAAGGCAAGCUCGUCGACGACGACGUCAAGAACAAGCACCACCUCUACAUCCUCAUCGCCCAGCACCUCAAAGCCCACCCAACACAGAAGAACACGCCUUUCAGGUUACCCAUUGCAGGCCUACCUAUGCCAAAGGAGAUGCCCGAGCCAGCAGUACCAAAGGGAUGGAAGAUGAGCAAGAUCCUCCCCCUGCACUCGCCUGCCCUGACAGGUGGCGGAGUCAGCGAAAACUUCAUGCAAGACAUGAUGGCGGAGAUGAUGGGCGGUGACGGAGGCAGCGGGGCAAACAGCGGGACAGAAUCCAAGAAGAAAAUCAAGGACAAGAAGAAGAAGUGAUGCGACUCUAUGCAUCCGCGCUGUCUACCUGUCGGCGCUUCCGUCGACUAUAUCCCGGCGUCAGUGGCCUGGCAACCGUCACAUCAAUCCGCGCCGCAACUAUGCACCAUCAAGGCUGUCGUAACAUACGACCUGUUGCUGCCGCACACGCGCUUAGAUACCACUCACGAUAGGAGCAAUAAACGUCUCUUGUCGCGAGACCACCAUAUCAACAACAUCCACAAUCAUGAAACGAUGCUGCCUUCCCCAAAAUUGAGUCACUCAUGUACAUCACUAAUGCCUG